AUGCUAGUCGGCCUGAUAGAAGGCACAAAGGUGAACUGGGCAAAGGAGGUGUUCAACAACUUGAAGGAUAUGGUGAAACCGGAUUCCACCCGGUCAUGGGGAUACGCUGUUCCUCUCGGUAAAAUCUUCCUUCACCAUAACCUCAAAAUCGGUCCCGGCGUCACCAUCCCUUCAAGAAGCCUAAUCAGAGCCAAACAAUUCCCGGAAAGGAAGCAACCGGCCCCCGGUUCCACAGGUGGCCGAAAGAAGACAACCGGCAAGAAAUCGGCCCCGGCGAAAGAAAAGGCCGAGCGCAAAGGGAAAGAGAAGAUAGUAUUCUCAGAACCGCCACAACAAACGGAGGUGGAAGAGUCGGCUUCCACAUCUGAACAGACCGAAUCAGAAAAGACCGAUGACGAAAGACCGAAUGAUGAAGAAGAGCAUUCGGGCCAAAGUCCCGACAACACCAGUACGGGCGCAGAUCAUGAGACCGAGGAGGGCGGUGAGGAAAGUAGUGAAAAAGAGGAGGAGGAGGACGAACCGACAAAGGCCGACAAGAUAGCGCGCAAAACCCUAAAGGUCAUUGAACAGCGAGCUGAUAAGGUUGGCGAGAUAUACCGGGAAUGGCACGAGCACCGGUUCAGCAAACGGUAUAGGCACAUCCUACCGGGCUACACCGACGAGGAAUGUUUCCAAAGGCUGAGGGAAGUGGAGGACGUAGUCAUGGAUCUCACAAACUCCGAAACCAUUCACGAGGCCCUGGGCCGAACCUGCCUCUUAAGACCGCGAGCACAGCUACGGAAGCUAACCAUACGGAUCCGGAAAAUUACGUUAAGGUUCGAAGAGGUAAUAUCAGAGGACACCUUAACACCGUUGGUGUUGGAAAGGCUUGAGAAAGCGAGAGGGGAACUCGUUAAAGAAAUAGAGCGGCUGGAGGUGAUGUACAAACAAAGAGAAAUACCGCACUAUAUACCUCCACGGAUCGAAAAGGGUCAAACUAGUGAGGCAACCCCUCCAAGGGCGAAUCCGGCAACAGAUGAAACCGAUGAAAGGACAGACCCUCCUCUCACCGAGCAAUCUCCACAUAAACAACCGGAAGUCUCCGAACCGGGUGUUACAAAAGAAUGGGUCAAGAGCCUCAUUCAAGAAUUUGAAGACUCGACGGUUAACCCAUUGGAGGAGAAAUUCAAGAGAACCGUUAGCUCGGCACUCCGGUUCGCCAACACUACAAGGCAACUUUUGUCAAGAACAGAAGACCGGUUCUCAGAAAUCGAAGAUGAUCAACAGAAAGAAGCGGUUCUGCGCAGCAACCACCUUAGGCGAACCGUAAUUUUGGAGGAUACGACCUCCGAGAUAAAAGAGAACUUUGACCGGCUUGAAAGAGAGACCGAUGAAAGACUGACAGAGGUUACUAAGGAUCUGGUCGGCACAACACUUGAUAGGGUCUCCGAUCUUGAAAAGAAGAAUGUGGGUCUCGAGGACGACCUCAAAGCGCUGACCGCACAAGUUGCCAAAUUGCUCCAAGCCAAGAUGAAUGCGGAUGCCGCGGCUGUAGAGGCCGAUGCCCGAGCGGCUCAAGAAGUCCAGGAUACGCUGGACAACGAAGCAAGAAAAGCGAAGGAUCCACCGCAACUUCCCGAAGAGGAAGAGGCCGAGCGAGUACGAAGGACAGAGGCUAAGUUUCCGGGAUUUGCAAAGACGGUAGCCGCUCAAGCUGCGAAGGAUGCUGAGCGGUUAGAAAGGGAAAGACAGAGGCUAAAAGGCUUUGCAGCCGCUAACAAAAAGAAAAAGGAGGCCUCUGCCUCUUCGAUACCGGCAAAGCGGAAAAGAAAACAAUCUAAGAAGGACCUAGUAACCGGGCUGCUGAACGAGGUCACUGAAACGGUUAUUCAGAAUCAACCGGACCCGGUUACUCACAACGAAGAUGAAGAUGAAGAGCACCUGCAGCCCCGGUCUACAAGACAACGAGUCUCCGAAUCGGCCAGUCGACCGCAACUAGUGAAGAAAAAGCGGAACAAGAAUCUGAUGGCCAGCUAUGACUUCUCGGACUCGGAAUAG